UUUUAUCCUGCUUAGCGUUGACAGUUGUUACGCGAUGAUUCAUAGGGCGUUGAGACGAAACAUCGAAACGGUGCCAUAAAUACCUUUUUGAGAAAAAAAUCGCCGGGCAUUUUCAGCAUUUAAAAUAGAUUUGAAACAUUAAGUGUUUGGUUUUGAUGUUGAAAAGCUCUGACCACCAACACAGUAAAACUAUAUUGUUUAAUUCCAUGUGAAUUGAUGUCUUAGUAUCUGUGUUGAUGUAUCUGGCCGCCUUCGAAAACCUUAAGUGGGAGUGUGAUGUAAAUUGUUUCACACGUUACAACAAUGCUGACCGCGUGCGUGUUUCGGAACAUCAUCUUAUCGCCGUCACUUCAUCAUGAUACUGCUUCCCAAUGGUACAUUGUAGCCCUUUUGGGAGGGGAGCCAUCAUGUUAUAAAUACACCCAGUACAAAUCGAACCUCGUUGAGUAAUGUUGCGAUAGACUGGUGAACGUUUAGUGUACUUUUCGCUGGUUUAAGUUUUUGCCUUUUUAUUGAUUUGUUUAAAAUGGAGGUCCCUAGAGAUGAGAACAGCUCACCUGUUUGGUUAAAUGAUGAUUUUUUUCUUCAAGUGAUACGUGAAUUCACGCACGAUCCCAAUGCUCGGCUGUGUCAUGGAUGCAAGUUACGCCCUGGCACAAAGCCCGGUGAACAUUUCGCGAGUGUUAUGUACCGAACGACAAUUCACUACCGAUGUCAGCAAGGUAAGGAGGCGUCUGUCGAUGUGAUCAUGAAGAUCAAACCGUACCAGCCGGGGCUGAAAAAAGAUGUACUAGAGGAGGGAGAUCUGUUCCUUAGGGAGAUACGCAUUUACAGCCAAGUGUUGCCGGAGAUGAAACGGAGGUUGGAAGAAAUCGGAGAAACAUUUAACUAUCCUAGGCUUAUUUAUGCAUCGGAAAAGCCACACACUAUCUUGAUCUUGGAAGACGUUAGUGCCAAAGGUUGGGAGACUGGUGGGUACAUCACAUCGUUUGAGGAAGUGGUACCGGCUAUCAAAGCUAUUGCGAAAUUCCAUGCAGCAUCUGUCGUGAUGGAGCAAGAUGAUUCAUCCUUUGCCAACCGACACCGCUGUGAUGUGGCCGAUAAGUUUAAAGCGCUCGAUGGAAUGUUAAAGAAAAGCUUCAACGACCUAUUGGACUUCAUGCGAUCAACUGAAGAGUUUGCACACCUAGUCCUUCCCGUACAAAAAUUGCAAGGGAAAUUGCUCCAUUAUCUCAUCGAAAGCUACCGCCCAUCGUCGGAGUGCCUAAACGUGCUAGUGCAUGGGGAUUUCCAUUCGAAAAAUCUACUCCACCAGCAGAAUCCGAACGGACAGGUGCAGGAUACGAUGCUGAUAGACUAUCAAAUUUGUAGCUGGACUACACCGGUCGUCGAUUUAUACUAUCUGCUCGAUACGAUUGUCGAUCAGUCGGUGAAGGAGCAGCACGGCGACGCAAUGGUAUAUCUGUACUAUGAAGAGUUUCGACGGCUGUUGCAUCAGCUUGGAUGGCUUGGCCGUGUCACGUCCCUGCAGGAGCUACAUAUAGAGUUGCUUCGUAAAGGCGCCAUUGAGCUAUUCCAUUACGUGGCACUGUAUCCGUUUCGGUUUGUCGAUCGUUCAAAGAUCGACUUUGAAGCACUGCUGUCGGGCAAGGGAAGUAAUCCGGCGGCAAGCAGUCCCGUCUAUCGGCGUGUGAUGCGCGAAGUGCUGACAAAGUUUCUGCAUCAGGGUGUGAUGGAGCCGUAGCGUGCUCUUUGCUGCAGCUCUGGCUUGGUAUGUUUGGUACUUUGCUGAAGAACCACGUGAGCAGAAUGCGAUAGUGAAGGGUGUAUGCAAGAGUGGAAAUAAACAAAAAGAUAAUUACAUAAUGUUAUCUUAUCGCAACUCCGCUGGAGGUUGAGCGUGAGCAAGAUUUGCGAAUGUAUAGAGCAGUAUGCUGUAUGCGUACAUAUAUUCGAUCAUUGUAAUGGUGAAACACUUCGUUACGUUAAUUUGUUGUAUUAUUAUGAACUACAGUUGCAUAUGAUGCAUACAACUGUUAAUAAAAUUAUAAUAUUUUGAAUUGGAAUUGAAUGAAAUAAUAAUGAUAUUACAAUUAUUAUUAUAUCAGCAUAAGGUUCACAUGAUGAUGUCUCGAAAAUAAAUGUCUCUUUAAAUAUUUAA